AUGGCUACAGAAAUGGAGCAAGCGGGGACUCUCACCCACACCGAACAUGUCGUUGGAACUCCUGGCUCCAUGUCCGACCCGAACUCAUCGACUCCUAUGAAGCAGUCUCCCUCUCCUGGAUCAUCUGUUCCUGGCCAUUCCUCCGCCUCCCGCCGACCCCCCCGAAAGAGCACCCUGACCCAACAACAGAAGAACCAGAAGCGUCAGCGUGCCACCCAAGACCAAUUGGCAACCUUGGAGCUCGAAUUUAAUAAGAAUCCCACACCUACUGCCCUUGUCAGGGAGAGGAUAGCGGAAGAGAUUAACAUGACGGAACGUUCUGUACAAAUCUGGUUCCAGAACAGGCGCGCGAAGAUUAAGAACCUCGCUAAGAAGAGCCUUGAGACUGGCGAAGACAUUGACUCUAUUCCCGAAUCGAUGCGUGCUUAUCUUGCCAUGCAGGCUAUGGAAUCUGGAAAAGGGCUGGGUGGUAACUACUUUGGUCGCACUGGCCUGUCCCCCUUCGGGCACGGCGGUGUGCUCUUGGGAGAUCCCAACUCUAAAGUUUUGAUUAAUCAUUUGACCUGCCGGUCUCUGAGCAUCGGCGAGUGGACGCGUGUCGGACAAAAUGCAAUGGAUCUGGUCGUCUUUUACUCGCCUGAUAAGGGAACCAUCACUUACUAUAUCAACAAUGACCAGGCGGGCUAUAAGAUCGAAUACCCGUUCUCUUACGUCAAAAACAUCUUCCUCGAGAACAACGAGGGGGAUCCAAACAAACUCGGAGGCAUCGUUAUUGAGCUUACCCGCCCUCCUCACUUUUUGAUGGAUCACUCGAACGCAACUGGGUUCUCUCCCGUUGGUGACUUCACGCAGGACCAACAGGCAACACAUUGUUUGGUUCACCACCUUGGAGGAAACCCCAAGGUCCUGACUGGGCAGUUGGCUAAGUUGGUCUCUCUCGAGACUUUCAUGAACCGUCAUAACCCGCACAACCCGCACAAUAUGCAUGCUGUCCACCACCCAUUCCAGGAUCCCCACGCGCUCUCAAUGUCUGCUCCCGUCUCGCCUACAGCGCGUCCCUCAUCACAGCCAAACUUCGCUCCUCAACCUCACCCUGGCAUGCUCCAGGAGCCUUGGGGAAUGAACCAGAUGCACUCGGCAAUGCGACCUCCUCCCGGACACAAGCGCCAACGCAGUCGAUCCGUCCCUGGCCCUGUUGACUUCGCCAUGUUCCAGAACCAGCCGAUGCCCUCGUUUUACAUUCAACCUCCGGGUGACAUGGCCCCUCCCCAGCACAACCCUCACCUUUACGCUCCCGUGCCUCAGCCGCCCCCCCAGGUCAAUGCCAACUUGCGUAUCGAUACACAGGCUGGAUUCGGACUCGAUAUGCGCCAGUACCCUAUGUCUGCCACCACCUCGGCUUCAGAAUUCCCUCCAAGCCCUGGUUUCUUCCCGCAGGCACACGAGACUGGCCCGAUUCCCGCCCCUGGAUAUAACGCUCCUUAUAACCAAGGUUUCCUCUCGCCUAUGCCUGGUUCUGAAAAUCCCGGUCCCAUCCCUCCUCCUCAGAUGCCAUACCACAGCCCCUCCGAGCCAUCAAUAGUCGAGCAGUCGCCUCCCAUGGCCAUGAUGGGUCGCCCAGGUUCCGCUGAUAUGUAUGGUGGCAACGAUGGAUCCUGUGCGGUUUCCGAUGACGGUGGAAGCCUCAACGAGAUGUACUCGAAGCACAGCAUCAACCUCCCCAUGCACUCGCAGUCUCCAGGUUAUGGACAGCCUCAGCAAGCUGAGCUCGACAUGGACCAAUUGGUGUCUUUCGAUACCAUUGACCCUGCUAGCCUUUCACCUGAGGCCGGUGCACCACUCACACACUAA